AUGACUUUUCUAUGUACAAUGAAUUCCUGCGAAGAAUUGAAUAUCACUAAUCUUAUAAUUUCCUUGAUUAAAAAAAAUAAGGUUCAUGAUGAUUUGUUAUGUGUAAAAACUUUAUAUCUUUUUAUAAAAACAAACAAAGUUCCUAUAUCCUUAAAAUUAUAUAAUGAGAAACAAAAUAUCUUUGUAAGCAUAUGCACUAUUAUAUGUAAUAAAUUAAAAAUAUACUUAUAUCAUAUAUUAUGCAAAACCGGAGAUGGAGAGAAAAAAAAUUUAUAUCUAUUCAUAAAAAAUAAUUUAUUAUUAUUAAAUCAAGAUGCUGUUCUCGAUUAUGAUAUAUGUAAUAAUAUACACAAGGCAUGUGUAACGAUAGAAUUGUUUUUAAAAAUUAUAAUUUUGUGUUUUAAACAUAUUAAUGAUAAUAAGCAUAAUGAUAAACAUAAUGAUAAACAUAAUGAUAAGCAUAAUGAUAUACAUAAUGAUAAACAUAAUGAUAUACAUAAUGAUAAACAUAAUGAUAAACAUAACGAUAUACAUAAUGAUAUACAUAAUGAUAUACAUAAUGAUAUACAUAAGGAUGUUAUAUUCCUUGCAUGCAUUAAUAACAUAUCAAUGUUAUUACAUAUAUUAGAAAAUAGAAAUAAUAAUAUGACUAAUGACAAAAUGUGUAAUGAACAUUUUUAUUUAAUAAUAAUAAAAUAUAUAAAAUAUUUAUUUGUACAUAUUUAUGGUAACAAAAAUAUAUUGAAUGAUAAAAAUAAUAAACAAGUUCUUUAUUCUUGUCUAACAUGUAUAAUUAAAAAUUUAUUAGAAAAUACCAUAAAACAAAAUAAAAAAAUAAAAUAUAAAACAUUAAAGUUAUUAUAUAUAAUUCUUCAAAAAAUUCAAGACAUAUAUAUAAUAGAUAUAUUAUUUAAUAGACUCUCUUUAUAUUUAUUUCUUCUAUAUAAAACGUGUGAACCAUCUGCAAAUAUAACAAAUUUUAUACUCAAAAUAUUUCUUAUCUCAUCGAAUCAAAUACUUUUAUAUUAUUAUAAAAACAAUCAAAUAUUAGAUCAAUAUAAAGAAGUUCAUGAAAGUACACAUAAUUAUGAGAAAAUAAAUGUAUAUUAUAAAAAAUAUAAACUCUUCUUACAAGAACACAAAAAGAAGGCACACAAGACUGUAUUAACAUUCGAUGGGAAGCAUAAUGUAGAUAGUAAAGAUAGUACAAAGCAUAUAUGUUUACAUAGAAAUACGGAAAAUAAUCAACAAAAUGAAAAGUAUGAUAAUCAUAAAAUAGAUGAUACACAUAUUAUAGAUAACGAUAACAACAGCUUAACUCAACAGUUUAAUUAUGUAAAUAAAUUAAAUUAUAGUACACAAAAUUUAUCAAAUAUUUAUUUUUUUUCUUAUUAUAUACUAACCAAUUAUGAUAAAAAUAUAAAAGACAUAUUUCCAAUAUGUAAAGUUAUUAUAGACCAUUACCCUUUUUUAAAUAAAAAUCUUGUACUUAUGAGUUUCAUUUUUAUUCUUUCCGAAAUGUUUUAUGAUAAAAAUGAACAUUGGUUAAAUCACUUGAAUGUCUUAUAUGGAAAUGGGUUAUCUAACUAUUUACAAAGUUGUGAUAUAAGUACACACGACGUGCAUAGUAUAACAAAUUUGCUAAAUAAUAAUAAUAAUAAUAAUAGUUGUGAUGAUAAUAAUAUUAAUCAUCAUCCUUAUGACCAGACAUAUAUACCGGUAAAAAAUGUAAAUAUAAAAUCACCACAAUAUGACCACCAAAAGGAUACGAACCAAAAUAUAUUAUCACCUCUUCAUAAUGGCUUGUCUUUUAUUUUUAAACAUUUAAUAAGAAUGCUAAAAGAAGAUGAUAAAAAUAAUAAUCAUAUUAUUAAUAAUAUUGAAAACUAUUCUGUGGAAUCUUUAAAUUACUACAUUGAAAAUUAUUACUUCAAAUAUAUGUUUAAUAUUUUUUCAUUUAAAAAACAAGAAAAUAAAUAUCUUCUCAAAUAUUUAAAAGGUUAUAUAUAUUAUAGAUAUAUAUUCAACAUCAUAUAUCCUAAUUUAUCUCCUGAACAUUUUACUAUCUUCCAUAAUAUAUUAGAUUUAUAUACAGUCUCCAAUUUUAAUUCUAUACAAAAUGAAAAUCUUCUUGUUUCAUCAUAUACACAGAAAAAUAUUUUAAGCGAGAAUAAUAUCAUAUAUUCUUUAGACUUUUUUGUUCAAGAAAAUAUUACAAAAGAUUCUGAUAAUCUUAAUAAAUAUGUGCAACCUAUGAAUGAGUGUAACCAAGAAAAUGAAACGGCUUCCUUCUCCUUUGAAAAAUUUAAAAACAUAAAGGAGGCUUUUAAAAAUGAAAACAUCACGCUUAUUAACCAAGUCAGCAUGUUCUCUCUUCUUUUUAUAGAACGAAAUAUAAUAGAUAACUUUCUAGACGAUGUUAUUUUUGCCGCCUGGGAUAAUGUUGAAAAAAAUGAAAAAAUAAAAAUUCAUGCGCAGUAUAAAAUAGAUUCAUCAGAACAUAUGAACAAAGGAUCACAUGAUAAUGUAACCAAAAGGUGGUGGGAACAGAUUUACUACUAUGUAGAUAAUAACGACACAAAUAAAAUGAUAAUGAAAAGUGAAGAAAAAAAUGAAGAAAAAGAAAAAUAUAUAUUAAAAUAUAAAUAUUUGCAUUUCCUUAAUUAUUACUUGGACUCCUUAAUUCUUAUGACAUAUAUCAACCUUUACAUGAAUAUAAGAGGAAUUAAUAGGGACCCUAUAACGUUAAGGGUAUAUACAAAUUCGGACACGGAAAAUAAUAAUAAAAGUGAUGGUAGUAAUAAAAGUGAUGGUAGUAAUAAAAGUGAUGGUAGUAAUAAAAGUGAUGGUAGUAAUAAAAGUGAUGGUAGUAAUAAAAGUGAUGGUAGUAAUAAAAGUGAUGGUAGGAAUAAAAGUGAUGAUAAUAAUAAAAGUGAUGGUAGUAAUAAAAGUAAUAAAAACUAUAAUAGAAGCAACAAAUGUAAUAGUAGUUGUAAUAAAAACAACAGAAAUUAUUUUAUCAAAGCUAUGCAACAUGAUAUAAUGAAAAGUAUCUUAUAUGAAUAUUAUCCUAUGUUUAAUAAUUAUUUCUCCUUAGCCAUAAUAAUCAAAAGAAUACACGACAAAAUAAAUAUUAAAAAUAUCCUAGAAAAAAUUAUGCCUUUUCUUAGUUGUAAUAAAGUAAAAAAAAAUUAUAAUAAAUUAACAAAGGAAAAUAUACAACAUAAUACAAAUGAUGAUUAUAUGAAUUAUCAUACAUCACUAGUAAUGAUUUGUUUAAAUAAAGCCUUCUAUUUAUCAUAUCUAUGUAUGUACCAAAAACUAAUAGAAAAAACCUUUAUCCAAAAUUUUGUUUAUUUACUCUUAAAAAUGAAUAAUGCAUGCAAUUAUAAUAAAGAUCUAGCCAAAUAUACCAUAAUAAAUAUAUAUUAUUAUAUAAAACAAAUAAAUAAAUUUAAAAAUAUAAAACAGGAUACACAAAAGAAUCUAUGUUUCAAUUAUAAUAUUUAUGACAACUUACACAUAAAUGAAAAAGAAAAAUAUAAAAAUAGAUUAUCACAAAAUCAACCUUUUUAUAUUAUUAACAAUAUCCAACAACAUCAAAUUAUUAAUAUAAUUAAUUAUCAUCAUGAUGUUUUAUCUUCAUAUAUGUAUAAAAAAAUUAUUAACAUCGAUUCAAUAAAAAACGUUACGAAAAUAUUAAAGUUGACACAAUUUUUAGUUAUGUACAAUUAUUAUACUUAUUUAUAUCAAGAUGUAUGUCUCAAUAUUAUUAAAUAUACCAAGAAAACUCAUUUUUCUUAUCUAAGUAAAGAAAUUAAAAAUCAACUAUAUUUCCUCAUCCUACAAAUGUUUAAUUACAUACUUUAUUUAUAUUAUAAAUAUGUAAAUCACAACAGAAUAUAUAUAUGUGAGAAAAAUCAAUAUUUUGAACAAAUAAAAGAAUCCAUCCUUAAGGGUAGUAUCUACGUAAAUCUUCAUCAUCUCUCAAAAAAAAUAAAAAAUCAAGAGCAAAGGGAUUCAUCCAGAUAUACAAAUGAUGAAGUUGUGAAAAAUAUGAAUAAUGAUAAUACAAACAAGAGAGUUAAUAAUAAUAAUAAUAAUUACCAUACUAUUAAGCCUUACAUUAUUCAGACAACUCAAAAGGAUAAAACAUUUAUCAAUCAAAAGGAUAAAACAUUUAUCAAACAAAAGGAUAAAACAUUUAUCAAUCAAAAGGAUAAAACAUUUAUCAAACAAAAGGAUCAUUUACCCAUUUUCCAACAUAACGAAGAAGAGAAAAAAAAAUUAUUUUUACAAAACUACAUCUUCUUCAAAUUAUAUAAAGAUAUAUUCAAUCAAAAUUACACAGAUAUUAUAAAUAACGAAAAGAUAAAAACAGAACAUGAACAUAAAAUUAAAGAUCUUAUAAAUAAUUACAUAAAUGACCUAAACAAAAAUAUAAAUAAAACAAAAAUUUCAAAUCUACUUAUUGAUGAUGAUUUCAAUGAUCAACCAGAAGAAAAAAAAAACAAUAACCUAAAUCAUGUUCAAAAUUUAUGUGAUAAUAAUUAUUUUAAACAUUCUAAUCAUAACGAUUUCAUGUCGUAUGCUGACAUUCGACAUACUACAUCUCACAUUUUUCAUUUUACGAAAGGUUUUCUUUACAACGAAAACUUGUAUUUAAGAUUCAGUGCUCAUCUUUGCAUACUGAGAUGCCUGUAUAUUUUUUCUACCAGACUUUAUGAGCUGUAUCCUAAGAUUCAUCAAAUAUGGAUAUAUUUGAAGAUCAAUUUUUAUAAAAAUAAUUAUAUGAAUGAUAUCCUUGUUUUGAAAAUAAUAAAUUAUAUAAUAACCAUAGAUGAUAAAUAUUCAGUGGAUAGAAUUUUAAAUGAAAUAUUUCCACAAGUAUUCGAUAGAAUAAAAACAUUCGAAACGAAUAAAGAAAUAUGUAAACAGAGUUAUGAAUACAAAUUUUUACAGAACACUUUACUAUUUUUUUUAAAUAUUUCAAGACAGGAACGAUAUUUCGAAAAAACUCAUUCGGAAAUAUUUUUCUUCUCCUUAAAAUGCCUUAACAUAAUAAUGAAUGAAGAAAUAAAAAAGAUAUCUUUAAAUAUAAUAUGUAAUAUAUAUCUUAAUAACAUUCCCAAGAUAAAGAAAGCUAUUGAUAGUAUUAUAUGUAUUAAGGAUAAGAUAAGCUUCUUAUACGAUGAUAAAAAGUUAUAUAACACAAACGAAAAAUAUAUUAUGGAUAAUUUGUUUAUAAAAGAAAAUGUACGGGAUAUUGAAAUAAUGGAUGUGUUGAACUAUUUAUCAUGUAUAUUAAAUAUAAUAAAUCUAAAGCAAAUCAUUUCCUUAAUAAUUCAUAUAGAUAUUAUUUCUCUUCAUUUUCUAGUCUUUUAUAUGUCUAUAUUAAAUAAGCAAUAUAAAUAUAAAUGUAGAUUCAAUCAACACACUCUUAUGGUGUUUGAUCAUUUUAAGGAUUCAUAA